AUGUCUGCCGGUCAUUCUGAGCCGCAGGUGCUCUACAGCGUCAACAAUAUCUCUGCCUAUUCUGUCCAGAAUGGAGAGGAACAUCUGAUCACGACGUCGGGCCCUCAGACAUUGUCGCUGCUGAUGGUGCCGACUGCGUCACCUUUUGCCGACUUGUCAACCACAGAACCUACCAGCGCAACGCCCGAAGAAGAUUUCUACCUCCACCUGCAUCUGCCUCCGGAACUAGAUCUCCCCCUGCCUGCUACUACCCAGAUCUAUCACAAACCUCCCAGCAGUUACCUGAUACCGCGAUGGGAUCUGGGGCCUGACGCGGGGGCUUUUAUCCGGCUGCAAUUCCCUUCCGUAGGCAGCGGGCCGGGAAAGGUGACGCAAGACGAGGUAGACACAUUUGAGACCAUUCUUGCCCAAUGUACGGCGUUCCUGGAACGUGUACAUAGCACACCUCCAGGAUUCGAGCGCUACGAUCCGAGCAAUUAUCGACCAGGAGAGGGUUAUAUUGGGACACCCAAGCCUGAAAAGGAGCGCCCUCACCAACAUGGCCAAAUUGUGCUUAUUGACGAAGAGAAUGGAAGCGUAAUCGGAGAGCUUCAGGACAACUACACGCUGGUUGAGGAGACAUCGGUCAAGCCUGGAUCGAAAACUCCCGUCCAGAUACAGCUGCCUGUCGAAGGGCAAGGCAAUCAGAUUCGGGUCGACAACGUUUCCGAAGAUUAUCUCGAAAUGUCGAAACAUCCGGCUUACGCGAAGUCGCGAGUCGUCCAAAGCUCUGCGACCGCCUCAAGGCUAAUUGUGACGAGUUCCUCUUACCUCGCUAAUAAGAUGUCAUCUGGCGCAGAUUCAUUCCAAAGAAAAACCCAGCCGAAUCCCAAGCCUAUGACAUUCUCCCCUGCCACCCACGCGCGCAUUCGUCAGAUCCAUUCCUUUACUCAGGGGGCUGUUGGUCUCAGCGCGAAGACGGUUGGUCAAUUGGGUAGAUAUGCCCAGAAUUUCGGGGCCUCGCUGGCUCGGAAAGGAGAAAAGAACAGAAAAGAGCUGGGCAAGGACUAUAAACCUGGCAUUCUCAACAAAUCCAUGAUUGCUUUCUCCACCAUUGCUGAUGGCAUCGAUCAGGCAGGUCGCAACCUUCUGGCUUCAAGCUCGGCGGCGGCGACGAACGUAGUCAGCCACAAAUACGGCAAGGAGGCCGGUACCGUGGCGCAAGGUCUGGCUGGUGGUGUCAAGAAUGUGGGGCUUGUCUACAUCGAUGCCAUGGGCGUGUCCCGUCGAGCAGUAAUCAAAUCCGUGGCGAAGGGCAUGGUGGUCGGCCGCAUGCCAAACGGGCAACAACUCGUGGUCGGCUCCGGAGACGGAGGCAUUGUGCCAGCCGAAGCAUAUAUGCCCGACGAAAAGCGGGACGAUUAUGAUGCCUCGUCUUAUUCAGGAGCCUCGCAGAGCGCUGCAGGUCAGCCCGGGUAUGGAGUUGAAAGUUAUGGCAACGCGGUCAAUGCACCGCCUUCAUAUCCUUCGGGGGUCGGUGAACCUUUGGGCUCAACACUGCAGGGUCAGCAUGUGCGGGAGAAGUGA